AUGUCUUUAGAAAGGCCUGAAAAGGCUGCCCCAACCGACAGCGAGACUGGCGAUACAACUCACACGAGGGAGGGAUCCAACGAAUCACCACUGGCUCCUAGUCCUGACAUCAAGUCGGAGAACGGGGUCCCGGUCCAACCCGAGGGCCCCCCGGAUGGCGGAACAGCGGCCUGGCUCGCCGUUCUCGGCGCCUGGUGCUGCUCCUUCACUAGCUUCGGCUGGAUGAACAGCGUGGGGGUCUUUCAAACCUACUACGAAUUGGGCCCCCUCAAGGGCUACGAGAGCAGCACCAUUUCAUGGAUCCCCUCGCUCGAGAUCUUUUUCCUCUUUGCCCUAGGACCUGCCGUCGGUUUCUUGUUUGACAAGUAUGGCCCGACGCCGCUCCUGGUGUUCGGCACCUUCUUGCAUGUCUUUGGGCUCAUGAUGGCAUCCCUGGCAACCGAGUACUACCAGUUCCUCUUGGCCCAGGGCGUCUGCAGUGCCAUCGGCCUCAGCUUUAUUUACUCGCCUGCGAUUGCGACCAUCGCAACAUGGUUUCAGAAAAAGAGAGGCCUUGCCAUGGGCGCCAUGGUGACUGGCUCGUCUCUCGGCGGCGUCAUCUUCCCCAUCAUGAUUGACCGCCUGAUCCAGAAUCCGAGCACCGGGUAUCCCUGGGCCAUGCGCAUCGCCGCUUUUCUCAUCUUGGCCUUGCAAAUCCUCGCAAUCUUCACCCUCCGGACGAGAACACCGCCAGUGGCCAAGAAGACGCCCACUGCAACCCUGGUCGCUCCCUUCAAGGAGUUCCCUUUUGUCAUGAUGUUGUUUGGAAUGUUUAUUCUGAUGUACGGCAUCUUCAUUCCCGUCAACUACUUGGCCUUGCAGGCUUUGGAGCAGGCACACGUUUCCGAAUCCAUGGCGAUCCGAGUGAAGAGAGGCCAUAUUCAACGGCGCGAGGUGAGUUUAACCCCAUUGCAAGGCGAACCCGCAAGGCUAAGCUUUGCUUACAUUACAAAAAGUCUUUUCGGCCGUCUGGGCUCUGGAUACUUGUCUGAUCUCGCCGGCCGAUGGAACGUCUUCGUCAUCGCCGGUGCCAUCUCGGGGGACUUCGAGCUGGCCCUUUGGAUCCCGGCGACAUACCAGUCGGCCACCAUCGGCUUCGCCGCCACCUUCGGCAUCCUCUCGGGCGCCUUCGUAAGCCUCCUCGCCGCCCUGCCGGCGUCCGUGUCCCCCCUGCCCGAGAUCGGCUACCGGAUCGGCGUCGUCAUGCUCAUUCUCUCGCUUCCCGCCCUCACCAUGGCGCCCAUCGGCGGGAGCAUCCUGCGUGGCACCGGUUCCAGUGAAGAUGGUUGGAUGCACGUCAAGAUCUUUGGCGGCGUCAUGUCCCUCGCUGGGUCAGCCAUUGUCUUCUACGCCAGGAACUCUCUACUCCAAGAAGUUUUGGUCGAUUUUUUAAAAGAUAGUGGAAGCAGGCAAAAGGGCACACGCGUACCACGCGUAACCACCAACUUAAAAUCACAGGGGCGAGCGGAGAAGGUGUGA